UACUCAAAGUGCUUUAACUAAUUUUUAAUCUUCUUUUCUAUUACAGCCACAAAAUGUUUCAGGAAUAGGUGAGCUGGCUCUUGGUUCCCUCAUGCUUGGGGCAUCAAAUACAUUGCUGAAUGCUGACCAUUAUGAUGUCUAUUUCAAAGGAAUGCCUCUAUUGAAUGGAAAGGUUUUACGGAGGCAUGGGGAUGUAUUUGACCGUACAGCUAGAGGAUACUAUCAUGCACAUGGUCGUGCAGACGACACAAUGAACCUUGGGGGAAUCAAGGUGAGUUCGGUUGAGAUUGAACGCAUAUGCAAUGAAGUAGAUAACAGUGUUCUGGAAACAGCUGCGAUAGGAGUUCCACCUUCUGGUGGUGGACCUGAGUUGUUGACUAUAGUUGUUGUAUUCAAGGAUGCAAAUUUUGCAAAGCAAGAUUUACACCAAUUGAGGAUAUCUUUUAAUUCAGCUCUCCAAAAGAAACUAAAUCCACUGUUUCGGGUUUCUCAAGUUGUACCACUGCCAUCUCUUCCAAGGACGGCAUCCAACAAGGUCAUGAGAAGGGUUUUGCGACAGCAGCUGACAGAAACUAACCAAAGUUCUAAAAUAUAAUGAUGUCAUGUUAUUCAAAUAUUCAAGAUUAGAUAUGCCACGGUCAUUAUGGUACACAAUUAAAACUAUUUUUCUUUUGGUACUGGAAAAUAAUACUUUUACGUCAAUUAGAAAAUAAUGCACAAAUGAUAUAUAAAACAUUUCAAAUAUUAUUUGCAGAAGGCUUAGUUUCACAGAAGUAUUAUUUGUAUUGGAACAUUUUCCGUUACAGUUUUGUUCUU